UCAUAUAUAAGGAGCUAGUCAGACAUCGUCGGUCUCUCAAUUGCGAAAGAUUUUAGGAGUAAUUUUAUUUGACAGAUAAAGUAUAUCGUGGCAGAAAUGGCAACAGCAAAAUUCAAGGAAACAUCCCCCUAUGUUAAGUCUAAACCUUUACCGCCUGAAGAAGAUUUUCUCUAUAACCAAUACUUGGAAGACAUCGCGCUGAAAACUGAUAACCGAAAAGACCCAAUACUUAAGCUGGCCUUAUUUGGUGUGGGUCGUGCCGGUACAAUACAUUUAAGGUCUACAAUUUCUAGUCCACGCGCCAAACUCGUAUAUAUUGUUGACGAUAUUGAAAGCAACUGGCAAAAUAUGCGCAAAUAUUGGCAUUUAGAAGACGUUGUCUUCUUAACAAGCGCACAAUCUGAUAAUGUAUUCAAGGAUCCUAAUGUCGACGCGGUUAUCGUUGCAUCGCCGACUGUUACGCAUGAGGAUAUCGUUAUCAAGGCUUUGAAGGCGAAAAAGGCGGUUUUCUGCGAGAAGCCUGUAGCGGAAAAUAAAUUAGACACUGCCAAAUGUUACGAGAUGGCUGAGAAAAUCGGCACACCGUUGUUUUGCGCGUUCAAUCGGCGAUUCGAUCCGAGCUACUCGGAAGUGCGAGACCGAGUUCAAAAAGGUGAAGUCGGACAUGUUCACAUGAUCAAAACCGUCUCACGCGACUCUCCUCUACCUACUAUAGAGUAUCUGAAAAUAUCCGGAGGUAUCUUCCACGAUUGUUUGGUUCACGAUAUCGACAUUAUAACUUGGGUUCUCGGAGAGUAUCCAGACAAGAUUUCGGUCAUAGCUGAUGCGAACAUCCCGGAGAUCAAGGCGAUCGGAGAUUUUGACACGGUCGCCGUGACCAUGCAUUUUCCGUCAGGCACUGUCGGCAUGAUCGAUCUGUCGCGUAACAGCAACUACGGAUACGAUCAACGACUGGAGGCGUUUGGUCCGAGGGGAGUCGUACAAGCUGACAACGAGCAACCGAACGCCAUUCGUCGACAAUAUGGUCGACGACAGGGUAUACAGGGAUCGAAUACUGCUCCGAUCUGGUACUCGUUCGCCAGCCGUUUCAUGAACGGCUAUCGAAGGGAGUUCGAUCACUUUAUCGAUAUAGUACUUGGCAAAGCUAAGUCGCUGGUCAAGUCGAAAGAAAUUUUGGCAGUGAGUAAGAUCGCUACUGCAUGCGAAGAAUCCGCUCGCACGGGAAAGAUCGUGAGUCUGGACUGGACGAAAAGCGAAUUGCCCGAUGAUCAAUAAGAUCUCAACACGAGAGACUAAUUAAAUAUAUAUUUUGUGUCAAAUAUAAAAUUAAACAAAAUUAAAUAAGAGACGUCGAUAAAAAGUUUGAUAAAUAU